AUGCAAUCGACGUAUGAAUCCUCAACCUGGGACUUCACCGCGGUGAUUGAUCUCUUGCAUGCCCCAACCAGACCUGCUUCAUUAAACGGAUCUUCGGUACCCACGCCCUCUGUUAUACCAGAUGUCUCGCAGCACAACCCCGGAGAGCAAGGACUCGGUGAUUUUACUGCACUAUGGGAUUUCUUGCAUCCGUCUUCUGUAACCGCUGAGUCUCCUAGCAAAGAUGCUCCGAUCACGCCGUCUAGGAAACAAUCAAGGGAUAAGAGCCGUCUUUCCCCGUCUAGGCCAAUAUCGAUUCUGAAACGAACUACCAAGACUAUCACUCAAAAUAACACCAAUUCAUCUGGCGGUAUAUCGGAUUCUACAGCCGAGUCUGACGGCGACCUCAGCGUGUUCGACUCCGCUGUGCCGUCGCAGCCAGCCUUGUCAUUUGUCCCAUCUCAGGUCUCUCGCACCGAUAAAGCCCAAUUGCUUACGCCACCCUCCUCUUGCGAAGAGGACAGUGCAUUGUCAGCCUAUACACCGAAAGCUAAAAAGCCCACUAAAGUCACUUCUCGCUAUAAAUCUGCGGUAGAACGCAAAGCCGGGCUUGUGUCCAAGCUCAGCAAACAAUUUCUGGACUUCACUAUCAAACCGUCGGCUGUCUCUGAGACUUCGAAGCUAUCUGUUCACGUUUUUGUUGAUGCAUCGAAUAUAUCCAUUGGUCUCCAUGAUAGUUACAAAAUACAACAUGGCAUCCCUGUCACCACGCACAUAAAACGACUACCACUAUCAUUCCACAAUUUUUCUCUUAUCCUUGAACGCGGUCGGCCUGUAGCCAAAAGAGUGCUGGCAGGAUCAGACCGUUUCGCAGCUAUUAACGAAGCCGAAAAACUAGGCUAUGAGGUUAACAUCCUCAGCCGUGUUCACAAAGCAAAAGAAUACACCCCUCGACAGCUCAAGUUUCGCAAUGCCCUCGGCCCGGGAGGAAGCUCUGAAAUGGGCUCUUCUCCUUCUGAGCGAUGGGUUGAACAGUGUGUGGACGAAAUUCUACACCUGAAAAUGCUGGAAAGUCUGAUUGAUACAGACGAACCAGCAACCAUCGUCCUUGCCACUGGAGACGCGGCGGAAGCUGAGUAUUCAGGCGGCUUUUUGAGAAUGGUCGAACGGGCAUUGCAGAAAGGUUGGAGUGUCGAGGUGGUUAGUUUUGCUAUGAAUACUAGCUUUGCUUAUAAGCGGAAGGAAUUCCGUGCGAAGUGGGGUGAUCGAUUUCGAAUGAUCAAUCUGGAGGAUUAUGUUGAGGAGAUGCUUGAUAUGUAG